CCUCUCUCUCUCAUUCCUCAACAUUGUGCGCCAUUGAUGCAACCGCGCUAAAAACGCGCAGCACUGCUGUUGCGAGGGAUGUCAUCGCAACUCCAGCCUGUGAUGAGUGGUUUGUGCUUGUGUUUGUUUUUGCGAUUUGUUUACUGCUUUUCCAUUGUCUUAUUUUUAAUUCGGAAAACGUUGCAGGCAUCCAUUAACGUGCCUUCCAAGAAAGCGCUUAAACAGGUUGGUAAUAACUCGGGUGCCUCGGUUGGCCAGCAUAUUCCACCAAACAGCAUGCCACUUUUUUUCGAGAAUCAAUGGCAGCACCAAAAUGCAUGGGAUAUUGGACUGGAUUUGAGCAGGAAAACGAGCUUGGAUCGCCGUCGCUUGAUUUCUUUUUCCCAUUGGUAUACAAUUGCAAAGUUUUUAUUCCCACCAAAGUAUCAAACAGCUUCUAUUUUGAAAUGAUUUGUUUGGGUGGCAAAUAACAUCUAGUGUCGAUCCUCGUCUGUAAAAAUAGCCCCAAAUUUUAUCAAGAAAAACAGGACAAAAAAGAAAAUUGCAAUUUCGUCUGAUAUUGGCUGCUUUCGCCAUUUCUCGGAAGCGGCCAAACUUGGAUCCAGUUCCUCAGCUGGAAAGGG